CCUUUUGCGGUCAACCAGUUUAUAGUUGAAAGCUAGGCGUGGUCUCCAUUAAGGCCAUGUGCUGAGUUGUAAAUUACAGAGCUAGAGGAAGAUCUUGCAAGCAUGAGUGGUAAAUAGGACAGUGCACUCACCGUCUUCUCUCCAGAUGGUCACCUGUUUCAAGUGGAGUAUGCACAAGAGGCAGUCAAGAAAGGCUCCACUGCAUGCUUUGGCAGUGAGGGGUGAGGAUACAGUUGUGCUGGCUGUGGAGAAGAGAGCUGUUGCCAAGCUUCAAGAUGCUCAUACAGUGCGUAAGAUCUGUGUCCUUGACGACCAUGUGGCGUUGGCCUUUGCUGGUCUCACUGCUGAUGCUCGAGUGCUAGUGAACAAGGCGAGGGUAGAGUGUCAGAGCCAUAUACUCAACGUGGAGGACCCAGUCACUGUCGAGUACAUCACUAGACACAUUGCUACUACUUGCCAGGCACCACUAACUACGCUUCAGAGACUAUGUACAUAAAACAACUGAUUUAUAGUUAUGAUGCUGUAAUGAUGGCGAAAUGUCCAAGUAGCUUUUGGAAUGGCGCCUUAAAAUUGGGUGAAUACAGUACAAAGCAUUCUCGUUACUUACGUUACUGGCUACAUGAGACACCACUGGCUGUGGGCAAUGCGUGUGGGGAGUGUGGAGACCAUGGGACUACACACACCAGCCGGAG